UGACGUAACACUUACGUGAGUUUCCCGUACUACAACUAAAGCCCUGGUGCAAAUUACAUCAGCAAUUCCGAAAAACCAUCUCUUACCUUGUACAAGUAGGUAAGCAAGUACUGGAAAAGUAGCUGGUCCACAAGAAAUUCUAUUGGCUGAAAGACGAUAAAAUCAAUCUAAAUAUGAACAUGUUUGCGUCAGUUUUGGCGAGAAUACCCAGCAAUCGUUCGGAGCUGCUGACGGAGUUAGACUAUCCAGACUACAUAAGUCUGCCUCCAUAUUUAUAUGACUACGAGCCGUCUCUUGGUGACGAUACGGACUCUAUGUCUAGUAUAGCAUUGUCGAGCACGAUGGUGACUGAUAAAGAGUUUGACAGUUAUAGGAAGUCCAAAGCCGGAACCUAUGACGAUCCGUGGCAGUUGAUGAGAGAGAGCCUGAAUACCUUCCCCCAGGACUAUCUGGACUCCUUGAGCAGCUUCUACACACCAUCCGAUAUCUUAGCGGAGACUCGGUACGUCCGUGAUCCGUACAUUGAGGACCUUCGGUUGAGGAUGGAGCGCUUCUUUGAAGAGGAGUGCCGUGUGUUCGGUCCUCAUGAUCCCGGCCUGCUGGCUUUGGAGAAGGCUAUUAAUGAACUGGACUUGGAUUCAGACUCGGAGAGCAGCUCUUAUUGAAUGAAAAUCAAACAGCAGUUUCAAUUAUUGUAACAAACACUCUGGAAUAUCAAAUUUUAAUAUAAAUGAGCUAAG